UAAACGGUUCUGGACCUGAAAUCUUCAGUGUUAAUACCUUUGGCAACAUCAUGAAUAACAUAGUUAACGUCUGUAUUUCGGUGACCGCAGCUCUAUGCCUCGUGAUGGCGUAUGACUUUCAAGAUGCCGCGUUUAAUCAAUAUCUCGCACUGGAGCUUGAAGAUGGUUACAAUUCCUUGUACGACAAUUCGUUUCACCCACGAAACAGACGUGAUGAGGAUGCCGUGAACGAUGAUAAAUGCAAACGCAGACAUCGCCGACCGGCACUGUGCUGUGCAGAAAAUACUUUCGAGGAACGACACGAUCGAGAAAAGGAGCUAUAUAGAACUUGUUUCAAGGAGGUGAUUGGAGUUGAGAAACCGGAGAAACACGAACAUAGGAGAGAUCCAUUCAGUUGCGAGGAAGCAGAGAAACGCAAAAAUGAUAUGAUGUGUGUUAUGCAGUGCGUGGCUCAAAAGAAGGGUCUGAUUGACGACGAAGGCAACCCCAAAGAAAAUGAGAUAAACAACUUCCUCAAAGAAACCAUGGACAAAGAACAGUGGUUCGAAUCAGUCCGGGAGAAACUGGUGAAUACGUGUAUAACAGAAGCGAAAAAUUCUGCCCGGAAUCAGUCGACGUGCAAUCCUUCAGGUGCUUCUUUGAAGCACUGCCUAUUCCGGGAAAUCCAGCUGAGUUGUCCGGAUGAUCAGAUAAAGGAUAGGCGAUCGUGCGACCGGUUUCAGGAAAAAAUCAGGCAAGGUGUUACGAAAUUCGAUCCCGUCCCGGCACAUCCAGGUGACAACGGUGAUUAAUCAUCAUGUGCUCGAGGAGAAUUGACAUGAUAUAUUAGCAUAUUCUGGAAAAGGGAAAUUAAUAAAACUUGAGUCGACUUUUAAA